AAUAGGUAUAUAAGAGCUAGGCAGUAUAUCUAGUAUCACCCGUCUUUAUUUAUGCUACAGUUUGUUUAUAUACCAGCUGUAUCACUGUUAUAUCGUAUACAUUCUACUCUACACACGAAGAUCGUCUUACCCCAGCUUGGAAGUACCUACAACAUGGACAUCACAUCACUUGAUUACCUGUUGCACAACAACCCAACCAUCUGGGUAUUCGGGUAUGGCUCGCUGCUAUGGAAACCAGACUUCGAAUAUUCUUCAAAGAAAAUAGGUUCCGUCAAAGGAUUUGUUCGAAGAUUUUGGCAGGGUAAUGCAACGCACAGAGGAACGCCAAGCCAGCCUGGACGUGUUGCAAACCUGGUCAAAUGCAAAGAGGGACGUUCUUGGGGUGUUGCCUACGAAAUCAAGGGGACUGAAUCAGUGACGAAAAUCUUAAAGUAUCUUAACCAUCGAGAGACACAGCUUGGUGGCUACACCACACUAGUGACUGAGUUCGAACCCAGGGAACCAGGGUCUAAACCAAUUAGUGUUCUUGUGUUCACAGUUACGGAGGAUAACCCAUACUAUCUGGGGGAAACGGACAUUCCUUCGAUGGCGAAGCAGAUAGUGAAUGCCAGGGGGGCUGCUGGGACAAAUGUUGAAUACGUCACCAAAAUUGCUGAUUACGUCAGACAUUACAUUCCCGAAGAUAAAGAUGACUAUCUUUUUACGAUAGAUCUAACGAUACGAAAACUUGUACGAGAAAUGGUUGGAUCUGAUGACAGUACUGAAUGGCAUUUUGACAUGCAUCGACAUAAUCUGUUGACAAGAGAGCCGAUCCCCGAGAUUGCCGCAGAGUCCUAGACAUUGGGGGUCAUGGUGAUAUCAUAUUAAUUUAUUCAUGCGGUUAACGGAGAGAGUGUGUCGACAGGAAUUUUAAUCCACAUGGUCCUCUGUCUUGCCGGUGCAUACGGGCUGAUAUGCAAUGUUGCAAUUAUGUAAACCUUAUCUAUAUUCCGAAAUGCAUUUGGUUGAAGGGAUUAUUUGCUAUGGAAUUUGCUUUGUGCAUGUUAUGUAAACGUAAAGGUUCAUUUGUAUAUGUAUACCACGUCAAUGCCUUUACACGAUUGGAUGCAUGGAACUGCAUUAUCAUCGUCAUGAUCAUGAUCAUCAUCAUCAUCAUCUAUUAACGAUAUGUUUGUGCGACAAGACACGCUCCUAUGACAAAUAUCAAACGCUUAUACAAAUGAUUAUCGAAACACCUCACCAAGCUGAACCAAGCAUCACUACCCCACCGAUUAAUGAUGUUGCAUACUGUGCCAAAGUUCAAUAACGGGUCUCACCGGUGUCUUUCAAUGGACGUUUCCAAAAAUAUUCAACAAAGACGUAUUCAAUAUACUCCUCACAAAAUUUCAUCCAUGGAGGUUGACAUGUACGUCUUUCAUUGUACGUUGUUCCGUGACCUACCCCUAUACUAUCCGAGCUUAUACUGCUCGCAUGUUUAUCACAGCAUCUCACUCGACCAUCUAUUGUCUUGUUUUAUACUAUGUAUGAUUACAAUGGGUUUGAUCUUGAUCUUAAUGUUCACAGUGAAAUCUCUCGGAUUAAUAAAAUACCGGAUUUCUCAGUUAAAUCACCCGGAUUCUCAAAAUACCGGAUUAACGAAUCAAAGUUACUUUGUAUAUAAUGGUUCCCAACAGUACUCGUCUGGUUUAGGGGUUUUCCGGGGUCUGUGGAGGUUUCACUGUAUUGUAUGUGCUGGGCAGUACUUAUAGCCACCAUAUUAACUUGCGUGUAUGCGCAUCGUUGUUCUUUCUUCAUGUAAUUGGCAUUUCUAUUGAUGCUCAAUAAAUACGUUUUUCGGCGAGA